AUGGCCCAGUCCAAGCCCGUAGAUGUGCUUGUGCUUGACGCAGCACCAUUGAUCACACAGAGUGCAUCGGCCUUACAACAACACGCCACAAAGUUCUUCACCACUCCCGGAGUUUACGGUGAACUUCAGGAUGAGCACACCAGAAACCAAUUACUUCUCUGGGCAGAAGAUUUGAUAGUCAGACAACCUAAGCAAGUGUAUGUUGACAAAGUUAGCAACUUUUCCAAAUUGACUGGUGACUUCUCCGUCUUAUCCUUGAACGAUAUACACAUCAUUGCUCUCGCAUACGAGCUUGAGUAUGAAAAGAGUGGAGACAAGGACUUGAGAAAGUUCCCAGGUGAAAAGCUCGCUUCAGACAACCAAGAAGAGCAACGUCCAAGAAGAGAGUACGUGAGACGUGAAGAGGAGGACGUCGAGGAGGAGCCUGAGGAGGAUGACGAUGGGUUUCAGACAGUCAAGAAGAAAAACAGAGUUUCCAGAAAAUGGAGGAACAAGAACAGACAGAACGAACAGAACAGGGAAAUCCAGAAUGAAGAGUCUCCGAAGGUUGAAGAAACUGCAGAACCACAACCAGAAUCUAACCAGGAACCCAUCCAGCCUGAAGGUGGAGAAGGUGAAGAGGAUAUGGAAAAGUCAAAUCUCACUGAGGAGUACAACGAGGAAGACGACGAUGGAGACUGGAUCACUCCCGAAAAUUUGCAGGAAGAAAUCAUUAAAGAUAACAAUGAGAGUGUCCAAGAUAUCCAACAACAAGAGUCCAUCCCCGUUGCCCUUUCCACGGGAGACUUUGCAUGUCAGAAUGUCACCAUGCAAAUCGGACUUAAAUUGAUGAACUACAUGUCCGGUAAGCAGAUCCGCAGAGUAAGAAACUACAUGUACAGAUGUCAUGCGUGCUUCACAAUGAUUCCUAUGCCCAAAUCGGGACAACCCAAGCACUUCUGUCCCAAAUGUGGAGGUAACACUUUGCUUCGGUGUGCUGUCUCCGUGGACACUGCCACUGGAAAGGUGACUCCACACUUGAAGAGAAAUUUCCAGUGGAUCAACAAGGGCCAGGUUUACUCGUUGGCAUCUCCACUCAGUAAAAACUCGCAGAAGCAGCAGGGAAACAAGGGUUACCAGCAUAACAAGGAAAACCGUCACAAAAAGUUGCAGGAUCCGGUUAUUCUCAGAGAGGAUCAGAAGGAGUAUGCACAGGCACUCAAGGACGAUGCAUGGCAAAGAAAGAAAAACGAGAAGAUGCUUCAAGAGUGGAUUGGCGGAGGCAGUGCUGAUAACUUUAUUUCUCCAUUCGGAUCGCAACAGAGACACAGUGGAGUCAAGGUUGGAAGAGGAAGAGGAGCCAAUGCAGUUAAGGGAAAGAAGAAGUAA